CAAUCAACCCUGUUCGCGCCCUUGGAUAUUGGGAAGAACCACAAAUUCAUUUUACACCAUGGGUCUCAUCGAAAAGCUACAAGCAAGGCUGGAAAUUUACCGGUUGGAGCAACGAUAUGCUCGCCGCAAGCACCGCACCACAUUCACCGAAGUCCAAUAUGUUGACGGAGAAUAUGUCUACUCGAACAGCUCAAACUCCUCAUCUGGGACAGUUUCGAAACACUCCACCGGGUCCCACUGGAAGGUCCCGUCCUGGGGUUCAUCAUCAAGCGACCCGCGAUCCCGGUGAUACGAGCUAGGACCUCUGACCUUUUCUGUGACGAUGUAUCCUCUGCGUUAUGUCCCACGUGGAGGUUGCAAUGAUGCCUUCUACCUUCUUGUUUUCCCCUCGCCCGGACUUUGGACGAGCGCCUCAUGCAUUCGGUGAUUUUUUUGCUACUUGAGCGAUUUCCUGGUCAAAAGCUUCUUUUCUUGACCUAGGUAGGCUUGUCUCGCUAGGCAACCCUACUCAUUUACCUUUUUUCUCUUGGUUUUUUUCCC